UACAAUUGCGACUCGGGCAUGUUAUGGGCUAUUUAACCAUUGUUCAUACAUUACAGAAGUUCUACUUAUUUUCCCCUUUAUUAAUGACUGAAUAAAUAGAUCGUAUUAUUUAAACCAUUGGAUAUCAGAAACACGGCAAAUAUUCAACUUUUAAUAUCGUUUUUUAUUGAACUACUUUUUAUAUGCUUUCUACAUGUGCGGUGUGUGAGGCGGCCCUGUGUUCCUCCGCGAGGGAGUCUGCCCGACGUCAGUAGUAAACAGAAAUCGCGAAGGACACUCAGCGGGUCGUCGCCUCGUCUUCUCGCCUGCUACCCUUCCCUUCCUCCUGCUGGUCAUGACCUCCUCGGGCGUCGCUAGUGUGGAGUGCAAGUGUUGACCGAUCGAGACCUGGAGAGAUGUCGUCCUCGCCGGAGUUCCAGUUCGUGCCGCCGCCCGAGGCCCCCGUAUUUAAGCCGACCUGGGAAGAGUUUCAGGACGCGCUCGGCUACAUCAACAAGAUUCGGCCCAUCGCGGAGCAGUCCGGGAUCUGUAAAAUUAUUCCCCCGCCGGAUUGGCAACCUCCAUUUGCAGUUGAUGUUGACAAUUUCAAGUUCACUCCUCGCAUUCAGAGGCUCAAUGAACUUGAAGCACAUACACGAAUCAAGCUUAAUUUUUUGGACCAAAUUGCUAAGUUUUGGGAGCUGCAAGGCUCAUCAUUGAAAAUUCCUGUUGUGGAGAGGAAAGCAUUAGACUUGUAUUCACUUCAUCGACAUGUAUGGAUGGAAGGUGGUAAUGACUGUGUCACCAAGGAAAGAAAGUGGAACAAAAUUGCCACUCGGAUGGGCUUCCCAAGCAACAAGAAUUUGGGCACCCUUCUGAAGGCUCACUAUGAACGAAUUCUCCAUCCUUUUGAUAUCUUCAACAAGGGAAAAGGAAUUCCUGGCACAUAUGAGAAAUGUGAAGUAAAAAAGGAAGAAGAUUCUGAAUGUUGCGAUAAGGAUUACAAGCCUCACAAGAUUCCUAGCCGUAUGGCUGGAAAAAUACCUGAGAGUGAGAAGAAUGGCCGCCGAUCACGCCGCCACCCUGAUGUUGGUGAUUCCAAAACUGACAGCCAGGUUGGUUUUGGCUCUGAUGAUGAGGAAGACGGGAGAGGCAGCAAGGAGUUGAAGAGGCUGCAGUUUUAUGGUGCUGGACCUAAGAUGGCUGGCUUUGAGAAGGCCUCGCCGGAGGAUAAGGGAAAGACUCGUGGCAAGAAAGUUGAUUAUACCGAUUAUGAUCCGCUGGCAAAAUACAUUUGUCUGAAUUGUGGACGAGGUGAUGCAGAAGAUCAGAUGCUCCUGUGUGAUGGUUGUGAUGACUCGUACCACAUUUUCUGCCUGGUCCCUCCUCUGGCAGACAUACCUAAAGGUGACUGGAGGUGCCCUAAAUGUGUUGCAGUAGAAGUAAGCAAGCCUGUUGAAGCUUUUGGAUUUGAGCAGGCACAGAAAGAAUACACACUGCAGUCCUUUGGGGAAAUGGCUGACAAAUUUAAACAAGAUUACUUCAAUAUGCCUGUUCAUCUGAUUCCAACUGAAAUGGCAGAGCGUGAAUUUUGGCGAAUUGUUUCAUCAAUUGAUGAAGAUGUAACUGUAGAGUAUGGGGCUGAUUUACAUACAAUGGAUCAUGGUUCAGGAUUUCCAACAAAGAAUUCUAAGAAUUUGCUGCCAGCUGAUCAGGAAUAUGCAAUCAGUAGUUGGAAUCUGAACAACCUGCCAGUGCUAGAAGGAUCUGUCUUAGGCCACAUAAACUGUGACAUAUCUGGAAUGAAGGUUCCCUGGAUGUAUGUGGGGAUGUGUUUCUCCACAUUCUGUUGGCAUAAUGAGGACCACUGGAGCUACUCCAUAAACUAUUUGCACUGGGGAGAGCCCAAAACCUGGUAUGGAGUACCAGGAGGUCAAGCAGAAUUAUUUGAGACCUCCAUGAAAGAGGCAGCACCAGAAUUGUUCCAGGCACAGCCAGACCUCCUCCAUCAACUAGUCACCAUCAUGAAUCCGAAUAUACUGAUGAAAUCAGGAGGAGUGCCCAUAGUGCGGACGGAUCAACAUGCAGGAGAGUUUGUUAUCACCUUCCCAAGAUCUUAUCAUGCUGGGUUUAACCAAGGCUACAAUUUUGCUGAAGCUGUAAACUUUGCACCUCCUGACUGGUUGGCUAUUGGACGAGAGUGUGUGUUACACUACAGCAACCUAAAGCGUUAUUGUGUGUUCUCCCAUGAUGAAUUGGUGUGCAAAAUGGCUUCCACACCAGAUGAACUGGAUCUCACAGUAGCAGCAGCUACAUAUCAGGAUAUGCUACGAAUGGUUGACUUGGAGAAAAAACUGCGUAGGUCACUUCUCCAUUGGGGUGUGACAAGUGCUGAGAGGGAGGCAUUUGAACUCUUGCCAGAUGAUGAGAGACAGUGUGAUGUUUGCAAAACCACAUGUUUCCUGUCAGCUGUUACUUGCAGUUGUACUCAAGACCGUCUAGUUUGCCUUCGUCACUACAAGAUGCUUUGUGAAUGCGCUCCUGAAAAUCAUACACUCAGGUACCGGUAUACAUUGGAUGAACUUCCACCACUGCUUCAGCGUCUCAAAGUGAGAGCCGAGUCCUUUGACCAUUGGGCUGUCAAAGUAAAAGAGGCCCUAGAAGCCAAGCCAGAUGAUAAACUAGAACUUAGUGAACUCCGAGAGCUUGUUGAAGAGGCAGAAGCACAGAGAUUCCCUGAGAGUGAAUUACUCCAGACUUUGGUUCAAGCUGUGACUGAAGCAGACAAAUGUGCCACUGUUGCUGCCCAUCUUGCAACCAAAAAAGUUCGAACCAGGACGCGAGGCAGUGGGGAGGCAAAGAGCCGAUUAACAUUGGAGGAGCUGCGACUCUUCCAUGAACAGAUAGAAUCCUUGGCUUGUGUAAUCAGGGAAGGUGAAGCUGUGAAGGAACUGCUUACUCGAGUCACCGCCUUCCAAGAGGAGGCAGUCUCUUUGUUAAGUCAGGAGAUGCCAGAUUCAGAGGCUAUUGCUAAGAUGGUUGAUACAGGUUGCUCUCUUGACAUUGAUCUACCUGAAUUGCCAAGACUAAAGCAUAAACUCCAACAGGUUGAGUGGUUGGAAGAAGUAGAGGAAACUCUAGAUGAUUCAGGGUCCUUGACAGUGGAAUGUGUCCGUAAGCUUCUCGACUCUGGCAUUUCUUUGCCACCGCAUCCCAAGAUUGAGAAGGCAAUGGCAAAGCUGCAGCAGUUAUUGACAAAUAUGGAAACUUGGGAAGAAAAAGCUAGUCAAGCAUUAAAUGCAAAACCUGGGAUUAAUGUCUCUGAGGGUGAAGAGUUGGUGAAACAAGCAGAAGAGGUACCUGCCCACCUACCUAGUGUAGCAGCCUUGAAAGAUGCUGUGAAGCGAGCUCGUGAGUGGAAUAACAAAGUCACCACACUGCAGAGUGGUGAAACAACUCCUUUAUUGGAGACCAUUGAGGGAUUGGUGACUCGUGGAAGGCCAAUCCCACUGCAUCUGGAACCUCUGGCAGACCUUGAGGAGACUGUUGCCUUGGCUCAUGCAUGGCUUGAGAAGACUGCUCGCACCUUCUUGAAAAAGAACUCUCAUCUGAGUUUGCUAGAGGUAUUAGUGCCAAGAACAGACAUAGGUGUUGUGUCUGGCAAACGGAAAAGAGUUAAACGAGAAGAAAUGUCUGCACAGCAACAGCAGGCACAACUUUUAGAUAUUAAUGUGGAAGAUACUGCAAACCCAGCAACAGUUGUGAAAGCAUUUAAGGACUGUGAGGAAAGAGAGCUUGGAGCCAUGAGAGCUCUGAGAGCCCACAAUCGCAACAAAAGAGAUGGAGAAAUACCUCAAGAAGGUGCUACUUUCUGCAUCUGUCAUAAAGCACCACAGCCCAACAUGCUAACCUGUUCCUUAUGCCUUGACCUUUUCCAUACUGGUUGUGUACCAUCAUCUCAUCGCAGUAAGGUAAAAUUGAGCAACGAGGGAAGGUUCUUGUGCCCAUCAUGUGAACGUUCCAGAAGACCCCGAUUGGAAACCAUUUUGUCACUUCUUGUAGCCCUCCAGAAAUUACCAGUCAGAUUGCCAGAAGGGGAAGCUUUACAGUGCUUAACAGAAAGAGGAAUGUCCUGGCAAGACAGAGCAAGACAGUUAAUGAAAACAGAUGAAUUAACAGCUGCUCUUGGUAAGCUGUCUGUGUUCUCUCAAAAGCUUAUUGAGGCACAGGCAAAACAACACAAACCAGUAUCACCUCAAACACAAGAUGAUGAAAAAAUGGAAGUAGAUGAGUCUACAAAUGACGAUUCACUUUUGAGUGAGGAUGGAGAGAAAGAAAAGGAUGGAAGAGGGGAAACAGAAGGAAAGAAUGAUGCAGACAAAGAGAAUAGUAAGAAAACUGAGGAAGGAAGUUGGGAGCAUGCUUAUUCCAGUAGCAAAGGUGGCAAAGAAAAGAAAUCAGAGAUUGACAAGGUUCGAUGGAGUCGCCUUGUGGCAAGCGUGAUGGAAAAUCAUGACGGCCCCCUUAUUACUCUUACUUCUGCUACCCGAUCUCAAGUGCAGGACCUCUUAGUUGAGGGUGAACUCUUAGAGGUGAAUCUUGAUGAGACUACACACCUGUGGAGGGUAUUACAGGCUGCCAACCAUCCACCUGCAAUGCUAGAAGAUACAUUAUUAUCUCUCAAUUCAACGGGUAAUAAUAACGACGAGAACAAAGCGAAAAAAUCUGCUCCAAAGAAAAGAAAGUCCCAAGGUGAAGGAAUAGAGGAUACACAACCAAAAUCUCCACACAAGUCUCCCCUUAAAAAGUCAAAGAUUUUAAAGGUUUCCUCUGGUCCCACUGAUGGCAAACCAACAAAGGGGAUGAUUAAGAAAAAGCAGGCUCUUGCAAAGAAUUUGGAGAAGAAAAAGAAGGAUGGAGUUACUACCAGCAAAGAAGGGCCAAGGAAGAAGACUAUGACUGGGGUCAAGAAGAAGAAAGUACACUCCUCCAACUUACACAGUGAUGACGAUGAUGAUGACUCAGAUGAGGCUUGUGCUGCAGAAAAGUGCCAACAUCCCACAGGACAAAACGUGGAUUGGGUGCAGUGUGAUGGGUGUGAGGGCUGGUUCCACUACAUUUGUGUUGGUUUGAAGGCAGGAGAUGUACUAGAAGAUGAAGACUAUAUGUGCUUGGCUUGCACCACCAAGCUACCUGCACCCAAGCCAGGGGAGUUGACGGAAGAGGAGAGUGUGGACAUCCUCCUCAGCCUUGCCACGAGCCUACCACCCAAGGAGUCAGAAGAACAGAAGUAACUCCUGCUUCACAGUGAUUCAAAGGGAAUGUCAAAGUUUUAGCUUGUGAUAAAGUGUUGUAUAGCCAAAGCAGGAAGAGGAGGUUUAGGUAUCAUUGUUUCAUCUGGUUGUGGCUUUGAAGAGGAAGAAUAGAAGUGCUCACAUUCUCCCAGUAUUCAAAGACCUGGCUUAUUUACAGUAUAGUUCCACCGAUAACAGAGCAUUCUGAUUUCUGUGCGACAGACAGACAACUGUAUUUUUGUGGCAUCAUCGUAUACGGAAAAUAGUUUUGCAUUCCUUUUGAAGGAGUCUUUUUGAAUAAAAGGAAUGUGUUUUUCUUAAUCAGAUUACACUUUGCUUCUCUUAGUAUUAUGAUUGCCUUUUUAUGGGGCAAAUAAGGAAAUUAAAAAGUAUUUAUAAGUCAUAAACUUUGCGUGUUAUUUUCAGCAAAUAUCUGUCAAUACCUGGUAACACUUUUGUGUUUUGUAGACUACAGCUCUUACCAGAAAGAUGUUUGUUCUUUACAGAUAUCCCUCAUUUAGAGCUUAAGAUUUAUAUUCCUUUAUGAAGUAGCCAUGGCCAAGCAGAUAGAUCUGACACCCUCACUUUCUACAGGCAAGAGCUCGCAGGAGGCAUAAACUCUCCUCUUAUAAGAAGGUUUGAUUACAAAGGCCUAGUUCUCAUGAACAAACCAUGGGAUUUGAAGUUGUAAAGCACUCCUUUGGGUAGGUUAUCGCAUACGAGUGGUUCUGUAUUGAAGAUUUUCAGAUUAUUUCUUGGCCACAAGUCCUGUGUUAUCACAGCCCUAAUGCAAAUAGUUUUGUACAAAGCCCUGAUUAUUUAAUGCUAUCAUGCUGUAGAAUAUAUGCUGUAUCCUAUGCUGUCAGUAUGUGCAAUUGCAUAGAUUCUUUGGAUACUUCAAUUAUUCCUUAUCCUAUUCAAACUUUCCCUCAACGUACAAAGCUCUUGCGCCUCAAGUCCACUUCAGACAUUCGUUUGACAUUAUAGAUAAAAAGUUUAUUUUCAAAUAUUGUAGAAUUUACUUUCAAAAUUUAAGAAAUGCUUCUGUGUUUUGCAGGAUUUUGAUUUGCUGUUACAAUGAAUGGCUCAACUAGUCACUAUUUUUUUUUUUUUUUUUUUUUUUUUUCUCUCUCUCUCUCUUCUCAAAAGAUGAAGUAAAUAGCUGACAGCUGUCCAAAUAAUGAAGCACCACCUGAGAUAAAAUACCAAAUAUGUAUCUAUUACUGUCAAUUUAUUACUGACCUGAUAUUAUAACAUCUAGUGCAAACUUCAUGAUUAUCCUUUUAUACAACAGAAAAAAUAUCUAAAUGUAUAUAAAUCUGGGAGGUAUGUUUUGUUCUCAGGUGGUGUCUCAAAGAGAGCCAAGUGCAGGAAGGUCUGCUAUUGUGUGCCUUUGGUGCGAGUCUGUUUAGAAUGAUUUUUGUUAGGAAAAUUUUAAAAAGUCUUAUAGAAUUUAUGAUACAGAUUCUGUAAGAAGAUAUAUAUGUAGGAUAAAGAUUAUGCACUGAUAAUUGCCUUUUUUCACAGGAUUUAGCAUAACAUUUGGUUCAUGGAGGAAAAAGUAUUGGUCAGUUAUUCAUUGUACAUGUUGAAAAUGAGCAUGUAGAAGUGGGUAUUGCCUGCACCAGAUUUUUACAUUAGCAGACCUCAAAAUUUUAUGAAGAGUGUCACUUCCAGCUUGUGUAGGUGCUAAGUUUGUCUUUUAUACAAUCCAUGUAUUCAUUACGUCACUCACCUCAUGAACCUACCCAAAAAACCCAACACUGGGUACUUGAUCUCAGUUGCCACACACAUUACAUCAGUUGCUUUCAAUUAGCCUUGUCAAGGCUAUCAUAAAAGAGUUACUGCUUUCUUUCUCUGUAUCAACAAUAGUUCUGUGGUUUUGUUUACCAAGUAUUAUUAUCAUGUACAUAGGUUCAUGCCAAAUUGUAUAUUUCUUUUCUUUUUCGUUUGAUUAUAGAAUCCUCUUCAUUAAAUGUGCUUUGUUAUAACUUUUAAGAUUAUUUCACCUGUAGAGAUGCUAACCUAAGGGAUAAACAGUAAUAGUAAGCUCACAAAAAUUUACAAUUGCACCAGGGGGAGAUUCACUGUUUCUUCCAUACACUUUUUGCAUACCGGUACUGUUUUCCUGACGGUGACUCUCCUGUGCUGAGUGUGCCUCCUUGGGGCAAAUACAGAGGACAAAUUGGUAAUAUAUUCUAUGUGCCCUGUGCCAUAAGGCUACAUAAUAUAUGGAUGAUCUAGGUUGUCUUUGUUUGUAUGACUAUUUUCCUCACAUUGAAUUGUCAUGUCACUUAUUUUUCGAUUACAUUUUUUCAUCAUCACUUUUUGUGUGUAAAUAAAGUCAGUGUCCAUUGAUGCUAGGAAUUCUAACCAGUGGUAAAUCACUUGUUUCUUAUGUCGCCUUUAUAUGAAGACAUUACUGAUUUGUGCCUCAAUUUACCAGUGUACCUGUGUUAGUUUAGCUGCACUGCUCUUGGUAUUAAAGAAUACCUUGAAGGCUUC